AUGUAGAUAAGAUGUGCCUAACCUGAUCAUCGAAAUCUAUAAAUAAUUGGAUUUUGUAUAGAUAUCACAUGCCCAAAUUAAAGGCCUUAUUGUCAUUUUUGUUUGCCUCAACACGGUCAACAUCUUGAUAAAUUAACAUAUUUUGAACAUUUUAAUGAAUGGAUUUAGAAACGAAUCAUUAAUGCUCAAAAUGUAUAGAAGAAUGUUUAAGAGUGUAAAUUAUCCCUUGAUAGUGUUCUCAAUUUGUUGAUUCCUUCUCUUAAUUUUAAUAUAUAGUAAUUCUCAGAAAUAGGAAUUUAAUAGAUUGAUAACAUGAUAAAAGGGUUAUGUUAAUUGGAAAGUUGCGAGAAAAUAUUAUUUAAACAACUUUAAUAUUCUAUUGAAUAAAUCAAAUAGAUUAUAGAUUAGAUAUUAAAAAAAAUAAAUAAUCAAACAAAUCAAAAGGAAAAGUGUAAUUAGUAUUUUCAAAAUUCUGAAAGAAAAGAAUUAAAAUAAAUAUAGUCAUAAAAACAACUAAGUACCAAUUCACCUUUGAGCUCAUGAAUUAAAACUCAAUUAAAUAAGAUAAAAUAUCUUUUGCAUUAGCUUUUAAUAAAGAUUAAACUAUCGUAAUAGCUGGAUGUAGUAAGGAAAUUAAAGUAUUUGAACAUCAAUAAGGGAAAUUUAUUCAAGUUUAAUUAUUGAGUAAGCAUAUAAAUGAUGUAUUUACUUUAAACUUUAUGAAAAAGACAAAUAAUUUUGUAUCUGGAAGUGUAGAUAAUACAAUUAUAAUAUGGUAGGUGAUGGGAAAUAAUUAAUGGAAUUGUUAAUAAAUAUUAAAUGGAGAUUCUUAUAGUAUAUUGUGUUUAUUGUUAAAUAAUACUGAUGAUCUCAUAAUAUCAGGUAAUUAUGGGGCUACAAUUAAGUUUUGGAUGAAAUAUAAUUAAUGGAUAUGUUAAUAAACCAUAAGUGAUCAUACUGAUUCCGUAUGUUCAUUAAGUUUAAAUGAAUAGUAAAAUAAAUUGAUAUCUUGUUCAAAGGAUUCAUAAAUAUUAGUAAUAGAAUAGUCUAAAUUUAAUAAAUAGUGGAUUGUUACAUAAAAGAUAAAAGUUGAUAUGUUUGGAUAACGAUUAUGUUUUAUUAAUGAUAACUUAUUUACAUUUUAACCUACAUGUAAAGAAUAAAUGUAUAUAUAUGAGAUGGAUUCUAAUAAUAAAUAGUAUAAUAAGAUUAAGGAAAUUACAGUAAUGUGUGAUUCAAUUAGUUGUGAUUGUUUAUUUCCAUAAUAAUACAUAAAGUCAAAAUGCCUACUUGUGAAUAAGAAUGGCAAGAAUGUGAAUUUAAUUAGAAAGAAAUAAAAUGGUGACUUUAUUGUUUGUUAAUCUAUUUAAUUUAAUAGUCAAAAUAUUUAUGAGAAAUUAAGUGAUGAUGGAGAGUAUUUGAUUACUUGGGAUACUAGUUCAAAGGAAAUCUAAAUAAGAAAGUAUAAGGAAUAAUGA